AUUAGAUCUCGAGUGCAGACCUCUAAGAUAAUCUAAUAAUAAUGAUGAAAAUGGAAAAAAAAACGUUUUGUAGAUUGCCAAACUCUGUUAUACCAAUUCAUUACAAAAUUGAAUUGCAACCAAACCUUAUUACCUUUAUUUGUGAUGGAAAAUUGAAUGUCUUUAUUGAGGUAAUAGAAUCAACAGACUCAGUCAUAUUGAAUUCUUGUGAUAUUGAUAUUAAAUCCGUUAUUUACAAUAAUGAUAUCGAUAAAUGUAUUAAAUCAAAAGAUAUUAAAUUAGAUGCCGAAAAUGAGACCGUUACUAUUACUUUUCUACAAAAAUUACCUGUUGGAAAAAUUGGCUUUUUGUGUAUUGAAUUUCAAAGUGAAAUAAAUGAUAAAUUGAAGGGUCUGUAUCGUAGUAAAUAUAUAAGCUCAGAUGGUAUUAUUAAAUAUGCAGCAGUUACCCAAUUUGAAGCAACAGAUGCAAGAAGGUGUUUUCCUUGUUGGGAUGAACCAGCUUUGAAAUCAACUUUUGACAUUUCCUUGACAAUUCCAAAUGAUUUAAUAGCACUUUCAAAUAUGCCAAUAAAAUCAACCUUAUCAGUAUUUUCAAAUAUGCAAACUAUUGAAUUCGAAACUACACCAAUAAUGUCAACAUACUUAGUUGCAAUUGUUAUUGGUGAAUUUGAUUACAUUGAAGAUAAUAGUAGUGAUGGAGUUUUAGUUAGAGUAUAUACUCCAAAAGGUAAACAAGAACAAGGACGAUUUGCAUUGCAUGUAGCUACUAAAGUUCUUCCAUAUUAUAAAUCAUAUUUUGAUAUACCAUAUCCACUGCCAAAGAUUGAUUUAAUUGCAAUUUCAAAUUUAAGUGCAGGAGCAAUGGAAAAUUGGGGUUUAGUUACUUAUCGUGAAACAUGUCUUCUUGUUGAUUCUCAUAAUACUUCAGCUGUUGUAAAACAGUGGGUUGCUCUCAUUGUUGGGCAUGAAUUAGCUCAUCAGUGGUUUGGAAAUCUUGUAACAAUGGAAUGGUGGACACAUUUAUGGUUAAACGAAGGAUAUGCUUCAUUUGUAGAAUUUUUAUGUGUUGAUCUACUAUUUCCAGAGUAUGAUAUUUGGACACAAUUUGUAACAGAUACUUAUAUCAAAGCUUUAGAAUUAGAUGCAUUAAAAAACAGUCAUGCAAUUGAAGUACCUGUUGGGCAUCCUGCAGAAAUUGAUGAAAUUUUUGAUGAUAUUUCAUACAAUAAAGGUGCAAGUGUUAUUAGAAUGCUCCAUUCAUUUAUAGGAGAUGACGAUUUCAGAAAAGGUAUGAAUUUAUAUUUAAAGAGGUAUUCAUAUGCUAAUGCUCAAACCGAAGAUUUAUGGUAUGCUUUAGAGGAGGCUAGUAAGAAGCCUGUACAUUAUGUCAUGUCAACUUGGACAAAACAACAAGGUUUUCCUCUUCUUAAAGUUACAGAAAAAAAUUCUGAUUCAAGUAAACGAAUACUAAGUUUUUCCCAGCAAAGAUUCUUAGCUGAUGGCUCUGUAGAUUAUGAUAACAGUUUAUGGGUUAUUCCAAUAACAGUAAGCAGUUCUGAGAAUCCUAAAAUAUGUUUAAGAAAUGAAAUUAUGGAAACAAAAACAAAAGAAAUAGAAUUUCAUGGAAUACUUAAAAGUUCUUGGCUUAAAAUUAAUCCAGGAACAAUUGGUGUCUACAGAACACUUUACAGUAGUGAAUUACUUGAGGAUUUUCUACCUGUCAUUCAAGAUCAAACCUUACCACCUCUUGAUCGAUUAGGACUUUUAGAUGAUCUGUUUGCCUUAUCUCAAGCUGGAUAUGUUUCAACUGGUCAAGUUUUAAAAUUAAUGAAAGCAUUUAAAAAUGAAAAUAAUUAUACAGUGUGGUCUAGUAUAAUCAAUUGUUUAAGUAAAAUUGGAAUUUUGGUAUCUCAUUUAGGAAUUCAUUCCAGUUACAAAGCAUUUGGCCGCUCAUUAUUAAUGAGUAUUCAUUCUCAGCUAGGUUGGGAUAAAAAGUCAAAUGAAAGUCACUUAGAUACAUUACUAAGAACUCUAGUCCUUGACCGCAUGAUUUCUUUUGAAGAUGAUUCUACAAUUAAAGAAGCACAGCGACGUUUUAAAGAUUAUGUAACAGGAAAGUCAAUUCUACCUGCUGAUCUUCGAAGUCCAGUAUAUCGUGCUGUAUUUUCAAAUGGUAAUACUGACACUUUCGAAACGUUGUUAAAAUUAUAUCGCGAGGCAGAUAUGCAUGAAGAAAAAAAUAGAAUUCUUAGCUCCCUUGGUGCCACUAAAGAUGAAACUCUACUGAGUCGAGUUCUUGAAUUUUCAUUGAGCGAUGAUGUUAAACCUCAGGACACAGUAUUUGUCAUAAUGUCAGUAACUAUGACAUAUAAUGGUCGUGUCCUUGCAUGGCAAUUUUUUAGGGAUAACUAUGAUAAAUUGGUUGAUCGGUAUAAAAGUGGAUUUUUAUUGACAAGAUUAGUUAAGUGUACAACAGAGCACUUUGUUACAGAAAAUUAUGCUCAAGAUAUUCAGGAAUUUUUUGAUAAUCAUCCCACUCCAGGUGCUGAAAGAAAUGUACAACAAAGUAUUGAAACUAUAAGGCUAAAUGCUGCAUGGCUUAAAAGAGAUAAAGAAGCAAUUGUAAACUUCUUAGAGAAUAUUAAAUAGGGUCUAUACUUCGUCUAGUAAUUUGGAGAUUUACAAUUUUUAAUAGUUAUUUGAACUUGGUUAUCUUUUAUAUAUAACUA